AUGUCUGAAUCAUUUCAAGUCUCUGAUCCUUGCGCUCGCUUAGGCAUCGUAAUGAAUCAAGAUGGCACAAUCACUCGUGACCAAACCAGACUCCCCCGCGUCCCAGCCUCACCUGUCGCCGUCGUAUCCAAAGACAUUGUCGUGAACCACUCAAACUCAACAUGGAUGCGUCUCUACGUCCCCACUACCGCACUAAACGUAGUCGUUUCGACUAGAAAACUCCCUCUCGUUGUCUACUUCCACGGUGGAGCAUUCAUCAACCACAGCGUCGACUUCAAACCAAACCACGAGUUCUGCAACCAUCUGGCGCGUGAGUGCAACGUCGUCGUCGCGUCAGCUUCCUACCGUCUAGCUCCCGAGUUUAAACUCCCGACGGCGUACCUCGACGGAGUUCAUGCUCUGAAGUGGCUAAGACACUCCGAAGACGUGUGGAUCAGAUCUUACGCCGAUCUUUCUAACGUGUUCCUCAUGGGGUCAAACUCCGGUGGUAACUUGGCUUACAACGCCGCGCUUAGAUCCACCAGCGAAUAUCUAACUCCGUUAUUUAUCCGUGGAUUGAUCUUACAGAGACCCUUCUUCGGCGGCCAAAAGCGGUGCGUGUCUGAGCUCAGACACGAGAACGAUCAGGCAGUCGGAGACCUUUGCUGGAAGCUUUGUCUCCCUGACGGAGCUGACCGGGAUCACAAGUAUUCAAAUCCGAGGGUGGGAAAUGAUAUGGAGAUAAUCAGACAGAGGGGAUGGAAGGCGAUGGUGAUUGGAGAAGGAGAAGUAAAAGGAGGUGUGUGGAUAGAUAGGCAGAGAGAUGUGGUGAAGUUGAUGAAGGAGAAGGGUGUUGAUGUGGUGGAGCGUUUUACUGACGAGGGCAAUGUGUUUGCUUCCAUCACAAGUUUCAUUUACUCUUCUGCACCGUUAUGGUCUUUCUAA